AUGAGAUUCUCGCAUUUCUUAAAAUACAAUGCAGUCCCUGAGUGGCAGAACCAUUAUAUGGAUUAUAUCGCAUUGAAAAAUCUAAUAUACACAUUACAAACUGAUGAAUUGAAGGAAAAUGAUGCUCGUCCGACUUCCCUUACUAAGGAAGAAUGUAAUGAUAAAAACGAUGAUAUACAUGAAACGACACAUUUUAGUUCAGAAGAUUUAGAAAACAAUACUGGUUCAUCAUCUACAGAUUUAUUUAAUAGGAAUUUUGCUAGGAAGUUUAAAAAUACUUUUUUCAAGAAGAAAACCAAAUCGAAACAUUCAACCAGUUUUAAUGAGCAUGUAGAAGAUCCAGAAAAUGAACAAACGUUCGAAUUAGGGGAUUUGAGUACAAAGAAUGAAAAUAAAGACAAAGUGAAAAGUGGUUCCAGUAAUAAACUGAAGGAUACAUUAAGGAAACCGAAGGGGAGGUUAUUUAGUUCUCGAGCAUCAUCAAUUAGUAGUGAUGGCAAGACAUUAUAUGGAUCUUAUGACUCUUUCGUUUCCAGUUUAACAGAUGAGAAAAUUAAAGUAGACGAUUUUUAUAAAAGAACAGAGGCCAAAUUUUAUGAAAGACUAGAUAAUUUAAUUCAUGACUUAGAGAAAGAAGGUGUCACUCAUAUAAACGAACGAUUUUUCCCAUCAGAGGAAUUAAGUUCCGAAGAACAAAAUCAAAUAAAACCAUUGGAUAUUACAAAUACAACCAAUAUUGAAUCAUUUGAACUACGUUCGCAAAGGCCUUCGACUGAAUUGAGAAGUCGCUAUGAUUACUCGGAAGAUGGUGACGAAGAUGAUGAAGACGAAGAAGUGGAUGAUUUUGAAGCUACUCAUGAUAAUACAGCAUUAUUAAACUAUUCGCAAUUCAAUAUAAAAUCUCAAAAAAAAUCCUUACUAAAACAAUCCAUAAUAAAUUUAUUUGUCGAUUUGUCACAAUUGAAAUCGUUCAUUGAAUUAAACAAAAUGGGGUUCUCCAAAAUCACUAAGAAAGCUGAUAAAGUUCUACAUUUAAAUACAAGAGCUGAAUUGAUUGAAAAUGAAAGUUUUUUCAAAGAUACUUAUAUCUUCUUACCAGAGACAUUCAAUAUCCUUAAUACAAAAAUUUCAGAAUUGAUUGAAUUUUAUGCUAUAAUAAAGGGGAGACCUGCUGAAAUUGAGAGUUGUAAACAAGAUUUGAAAUCAUUCUUACACGAUCAUAUUGUAUGGGAAAGAAGUAAUACUUGGAAAGAUAUGUUGGGUUUAUUAUCCCAAAGCAAAGAUAUACAGACUGAUGUUAGUGAAAAGGAGUUAGAAGAACAAAAACGUCAAAUAAAGUUGAACUUGCCAUUCAAAGCAUGGAAAUUACCGAAACCAAUUACAAUUAGAAAUAUUGAAAUUGAACAGUUGAAAUUACCAGCGUUAUUUUUCACUUGGAAAGCCUUUAAGCUAGCAUUCAUUAUAACGUUAACAGGUGUUUUAUUGGGUAUCAAAACUUUUAAUGAUCCUGUAGAAGGUAGAUGUAUGGCAUUGGUUGAAUGUGUAGCAUUCUUAUGGGCAAGUGAAGCUAUUCCGUUACAUGUAACAGCUCUUCUUGUUCCAUUAUUGUCCGUAUUAUUUAGAGUAUUCAAGAAUUCCGAUGGUACAACAAUGGGUGCUGUAGAUACAUCUACUACAGUGUUAUCAGCAAUGUGGUCUUCAACAAUUAUGAUUCUAUUGGCUGGUUUUACCCUGGGUGCAGCGUUAUCAGAGUAUGAAAUUGCAGAAGUCUUGGCAUCUUGGCUAUUAGCAUUUGCUGGGACAAAACCAAGAAAUAUUCUAUUGAUGGCAAUGUCGGUGGUUUUCUUCCUUUCAAUGUGGAUUUCAAAUGUCGCAUCACCGGUCUUGACCUACUCAUUGUUAACUCCCCUAUUGGAAACAUCUGACGCAACAUCACCAUUCGCAAGAGCCUUAAUUAUGGGUGUUGCUUUAUCUGCGGAUCUCGGUGGGCUAGCUUCUCCAAUUUCAUCACCACAAAAUAUUAUAUCAAUGGAGUAUUUGAAACCAUACGGUAUUGGGUGGGGUCAAUUUUUUGCAGUGGCUUUACCAACAGGUGUAUUAGCCAUGUUAUUAGCAUGGGGGUUGGUUUGUGUAACAUUUAAAAUGCAUAAGACUAAAGUGGAAAAAUUCACUCCAAUAAGGACAAAAUUUACCAUUAAACAAUAUUAUGUCAUAUUUGUAACACUAGGAACUAUUAUUCUGUGGUGUGUGGAAGCACAAAUAGAAGGAGCAUUUGGAUCAUCAGGCCAAAUUGCUGUUCUACCAAUGGUCCUAUUUUUUGGUACAGGUUUAUUAACAACUGCUGAUCUGAAUGCAUUUCCUUGGUCUAUUGUAAUAUUAGCAAUGGGUGGUAUUGCGUUGGGUAAAGGUGUUUCCUCUUCAGGGUUAUUAGUUACCGUUGGUAGAGCAUUGCAAAGAAAAAUUGAAUCUGAUGGUAUUAUGGCUAUUUUAUGUAUUUUCGGUAUAUUGAUGUUAGUUGUUGGUACUUUCGUUUCCCAUACAGUUUCUGCAAUUAUUAUCAUUCCAAUUGUUCAGGAAGUUGGUGAUAACUUGAGCGAUCCAAAGGGUGCACCGAUAUUAGUCUUUGGGUGUGCAUUACUAGCUUCAGCUGGUAUCUGCUUACCAAGUAGUGGGUUCCCCAACCAAAUUGCCAUAUCGAUGCUCGAUAAAAAGGUAAUCGAUAUUUGA